AUGGAUUCUCAAAAAACAAAAAAUCUAGACAAGCCAACAACGACAACAAAUGAAAAGAUUUCCAGUCAGCCAGCGUACUUAGUAGUCCACGCAACUGGAGAAAAACCUUCAUCUAAGUGUUCCCCAUUCUUGAUCCAAAAAUUAUUUGAAUCAACCAUCGGGCAUUUAAGGAAAAUACAGAAAUUGAGGUCAGGUGACCUUCUGGUGGAAACAGCCUCUCCUCAACAAACAGCAAAGCUUCUGUCAAUGAAAGCACUCGGAGAUAUGGGAGUUUCAAUCACAUCACACAAAAGUUUAAACUCAUCACGUGGUGUGAUAUCUGAGACCGACCUAAUGUCUGAAGAUGAAGCAGAUAUUCAGAUCGGUCUCUCAGAUCAAGGUGUCACUGCUGUCUGA